AUGGAGGGUGAAACCAGUUCGGAUUCACAGCUUCACAAACACCUGGAGAUUUGUGGGUUUGGUGGGCAGUGGUUUGAUUGUCGGGAUGUUGAGGGGUACCUUCGAGAACGAGGGGUGGAUAUUGAUGGGUCUGCGUUGUUUCCUGCGGUGCAUUCGUUGCCAUUGAAUUAUGCACCUUUGGCUUCAGGGCAUGAUUUGCCAAAUAUUGAGCGAAAUGAGCCACCUGGUUUCAAUUGGACCUCGACUAACCCGACUGUUCUCGAUACUCCACCCGUAUCUAUGGAUGAUGGAGAUACAUCUCCCUGUGUUCCUGAAAUAGGAAUUAUCCGUAGCGUAUCCAUCCUAGGACGUGCGCCGGGCUUCCGGCGACGUGACGUUGAAGCUGCUUUCCAGUCGGCAUUGCUGAUACAGUCUGCACUUUGA